UUUUUUUUUUUUUGACAUGAACAGACUCAUACUUUCAAAGGCCCUCAAUCCUUUAAGACAAACCAAGAGUCAAUGGGCUUCUGUACGUUACAGUUCGACACAACAAGCUGAAAAGCCUGUCAAGAAAAUGGUGACAUAUAUGCAUCCUACCGCACCACUUGCCAAAUUCAACAACUCACUCUCUCAUCACUUAAAUGCACGUGGACCACCCAGACGUGUACUUGAGAACAUUCUCAGGGUUGUUGAUGACAUUAAAAAACAAAACUUGCGUUUAGACUUGGGCACCUAUAAUGCUUUACUCACCGCUUAUAGUCGUGUCAGAGAACAACGAUCCAUGAUGCGUGUUUUGGAAGACAUGGAGGAAAACAAGGUCGAACCCAACUUAGACAGUUACAACAUUAUCCUCGAGUCGCUCGCCUUUGUUGGCGAUGUCAGAUCACAAUCCAAGAUCAAGAACGAAAUGAAGGAAAAGAAUAUCCCCCUGACAACCCAAACUUAUUACCAAUUAUUAAACGGUAUGUGCAAAGCGGACGAACUUGAAUUUGCUUUGGAUACAUUAGACGAGAUGAAAGAUACAGGUGUUGCACCCAACUUGCACUGUUAUGCUAUUUUAAUUGGAUCCUGUCUUCGUUUAUCCGAUGCCAACACAGCCUUUGAUCUUUUGAAAGAUGCCGAAACUUCAGGUUUAGCUGUCGAGAGUCAACCUCGUGUGUAUAUGGAUGUGAUGCGUGCCGGUGCUAACGGCGACGCUGCCGAUAUUGUGAAUUAUUGUUGGGACAAGGCUGUGGGUGUACAUACUUUGCGUCCUGAUGAGGGUACCUGUUUAAACGUAUUGCGUGUAGCAGCUAAGACUGGCGAUACCAAGUUGGCUACUGAUGUCAUUCGUCAAUUAAGUACUAGCGGAUACCCUUACAAAGAGCAUUAUUUCACUCCCUUAAUGGAAGCAUUCACCGUCAAAAAUGAUUUAAAGAGCGCCUUUAACGUGUUGGAUAUUAUGCGUGUAUCUGGUAUCCCCCCUUCCAUGCGUGCUACUUUGCCUAUCCGUAAACAAUUGGAUAGAAAUGUGGAUGCCAUCGAUAAGGCUUAUUACUUGUUGGAAGAGAUGAAGAAGGAAGACAAGACGGUAGAUAUUUCUGCUUUUAACGUGAUUGUGGGCGCUUGUGCCGAUGCCAAGGAUAUUGAGCGUACUAUUGCCACAUACCGUGAAGCUGAUAGUUUGGGUGUCACCCCCAAUGUCGAUACAUAUAACGCUGUGCUUGAGGCUUGUAUUCAAACACGUAUGAAGGGUAUGGGUACUGUGGUUGUGGAUGAGAUGAAGAAGGCAGGCAUCAACCCUAACCUCGAAACCUAUGCCAAAAUGAUCUCUCUUGCAUGUACACAACGUGAUUAUGAAGACGCUUUUACUUAUCUCGAAGAAAUGAAGAGCUAUGAUAUCGUGCCUCCAGAGAUGUGUUAUACUAACUUGGCCAAGAAGUUGGGUUAUGAAAAGGAUCCUCGUUUCCAUAUGGUUUUAGAAGAAAUGGAGACUUUCGGUUAUAAAGUGACACCUAGAAUUAGACGUAUGUGGACUUUUGAAAAUGCGUCAGAAUAAACUUUUUUUUUUACAAUAGAGAAUAAUAUAAA